CCCCUUCCUAUUCACGCUGCAUUAGAUAUGUUGAUGCCCCGUCCUCACUACAUAUUUUAGGACAUCUUUUAUAACUAAGAAUGUCGACGCCACUAAGGACAAUCUCGAGGCGAAGCACUAGGAAUCCCUCUGACAGCCGGAACGAACCUGCCGGUGCUGCCGGUGUUCGAAACAAGGACAAGCAUUGCCAAUACUGCGAAAAGAUAUUUAGGAAGACAGAGCAUCUUCUACGACAUGAGCGAAGCCAUACAAAGGAGAAGCCAUUUCGUUGUGAUAUGUGCAGUAAGGUUUACACUAGACAUGACACUCUACUUCGACACUCCAAAACCCAUGACAUCGACCUUUCUCAUCUCGAAGCCGGCAUCACAUUAUCGCAAAUGAACCAUGAUGGCCAUAUAUCUUCUGAGAACAAUAGCCACAGCACAGAGCAACGUGCGACAGAACGACCUGAAAUAAACUUUGAUCUUCAAGGUUGGCCAAGUGCAAUCCCAGAGCAAAUUAACAAUAGCACAAUGCAAAAUGGCUAUGAGAGCCAGACGUCGCCCUUUCCCACGGUGCACCUAACCGUUGCCGCAGAUGGCAACGUACAUGAUAUGCGCACGCAGACUACAAUACAGAGUGACAGCCAGCGACUCUUUAUGGAAAACUUAUUUCCAGACCCAACGGGAAACCUCACCGGUACUCCACUAAUAUCUGCGAAUAUGCCUUGGGGGGGGUCACUGAUGUCUCCAGGGCCGUCAUGGUUGGUAGGCUAUGAUUUCGAUCUCGAGGCAUUGAACACGUCAGUCUCCACGACCCUGUGCGCCACCGAGCCUUUAUUUCAAUCUCAAGUUAAUCGAACGGCCAUGCCAAGUGCGCUACAGUUGGGAGAGAUUCCUGAGGCUGAGAUGCAUGGAGAACGAAAGGAUGUCACAAACGAAUGCGUCCGCAGAGGAUGGUUCUCUCAUAUUGACCCGUUUGAUGAAAAGGAUGAUCAUGGCGGUGCCACCACAGGCGAGAUGACUCCAGUCACCGCGAGAGAUCAAUAUGACAUCGGAGACAGCUUCCGUCACAGGAUAAGCCAACGACUUAGAGCUCGCACAAUUGAUGAGCCGCUCCCGUCGACAAAAUUCCUGAAUCUAUCCGUCCAAAUAUAUUUUACUAAAUUUAAUCCUAUAUUUCCGGUUAUACACGGCCAGACGUUUCGACCUACACCGAGGAACUCGCUGCUACUAUUAUCAAUCACGUCCAUAGGUAGUUUACUUCUCGGAUCAAAGGGAGCAGCAAGCCAGGGUAUACGUAUAUUUGAAAGGCUUAACAAAGCUAUUCUAGCGUCGUGGGAAAAUACAGUCUUAUCUGACCCAACAGAGGCGGCAUCCAUGAUACAGGCAGCCUUAGUCGGCCAAACAUUCGGCUUCUUAUCUGGGAUUUCAAAACAUCUUGCUAUUGUAGAGGCCUUUCAUGGCUCAAUUAUUGCUUGGGCAAGGAGAUGUCAAAUGUUUAACUAUAGAACAAGCCAUCCCCAAGUUGAACAUCUAAGUGGUGCGAGUUUGCAUGAGGCUUGGAAGGCUUGGGCAAGAUCGGAGUCAAUUGUGAGGACAGUGCUAGGAUUGUACAUCCAUGAUGCCAAGCUUGCUUGCAUGUUUCAUCAUGAACCACUUCUCCGUCACGAUUCAAUCCUGGUGCCGGUGGCCGCUGACGACGACAUCUUCAAUGCACCCAGCGCAGCCAUCUGGAGAGAGAAAAUGCUCCGUCAGUCGGCAUCUCGGAUACCAGUUCAUGAAUGUCUACACGUAAAUCAUCACCACGAUCAUGGUUCGCGGCUACUGCCCCAGGAAUUAAGCUGGAAAAAUAGUCACUUCACUGCAUAUGUCAUACUCUAUGGCAUCUCCUCGACAAUUAGCGAGAAACAACAGAUGGGUCAAAUACGUCCUGCUUCUGCAAACUUUAACAAAUAUUUUGAAGCUCUCAUUUGUUGGUAUCGCACCUUUCAAAGAGACGUCGGCGUUUCUGAAAACCAAAAUAUCCAGCGUCCUGACACGCUCUGCCUCAUGGUACUAUGGCACACUGUCUUCAUGAGCCUAGUAACUGAUUUUAAUGUCCUCGAACGCGCUGUUGGCCGCAAUGGCGCAGAGAACUGGACGUUGGAUGCGGAUCUUGCAUACGCGACUAGUUGGGCAACAUCGAGAGAAGCCCAGCGCUGCAUUCUCCACGCCCAUGCCCUGCUCUACUCUCUUGGAGCCUUGCGCCUCGACGCUGAAGCUGCCAUCCAUAUUCCACACUGCCUCUUUCUAGCAGGAAUAGCCAGUUACUGCUACACACGCUUCCGUCGACCUAGCUCAUUUGAAACACAUGGCCAUAAUCAAACCUCUCACCUAGCCUCCCCUGACUCACAGCUGCAGCCCACCAUGGAGUUCCCUGAGUUUACAGUUCGAGGAGUGCCAAUACCGCAACACCUCUUCGGUUCGCCAGCAGCUAGCACUAGUGUAGGCGGUACCUUCCCGGCAACUGAUGACGCCAGUAAUGCGUUUAGUCCAGAAGAGGAUCCUACGACGCGAUUCCGACCAACCUCAGAUGUGGGGGCUGCCAUGAUGUGUACGUUAAUCGACAUGUUACAACGGAUUGGACAUUGGGGCAUUGCACGGAAGUAUGCUGCAACGUUAUCCACCCUCGUGGAUGCGGACAGCGAUGAGGACUGGAGGUUCAUCAUGAGCGAUCACUAGCGGACUCUCACGGGUAACUCAAUAACAACCGGCGACACGCUGUGUCAGACACUCAUUUAAAUGCAUCGUUUUUAAAAGGGCUAUUCAUUGUAUAAUUAGAACUAAAAUCAGAUACUUCAGAUGAUCUAGUUCUUCUGGGGCGCACCGUCAAAUUCUCAUCGAAUCUUUCUCAUGGCCGCCUAUUCCAGGAAAUCAGCGGGAACCUCUGGGCCCCACACUGCAAGGGAUUCGCUCCCUGCGGGACCAAAGCCAAUAGGUGUAUCUUUGUUGACAGUGUCUCCAUCCGUGUAGUGCUAUUAGAGGAGUUAUCAGCAAAUGCAUUGGAAAGGGCAGAGACAUCGAAAGAGAUGAUGGGAUAGGAGAAAAAGCGAUACAAACGUACCUCGAUCAUGAAACCGGUAGGGUCCCACCAAUAAUCAAAUAUUUGGGACCCCAGGAUAUGUCGGCCUACUCCCCAAACAGAUUUGUAACCCUUCUUAGCUAGCCAUCUAGAGAAACGUUAGCUCACAAGAGUAUGUUUACUUCUGUCGUUACAGAUAUGAUGCGUCAAACAAAAUGGUGG